CUCAAUCCUUCCCCCGCCCCCCUUCACCCUCCCAUAUUCGCCGCUAAGGAUUCACCAAUCACAAAGCUGGGCCGCUUGCCUGUUGCGUGACGUCGAGGAAAGCGACCAAUGAGCGCCGAGCUUUGGGCCGAGGCCGCCAGUAGAGGGAGGUGCGCGGAGCGUGAGGGCCUGUGUCAGUGUGUGAGAAGGCUGAGGGAUACGGAGCUCGGUGCUGAGUACUAGAUCAUCAUGCUAUCAAUUCCAGAAUUCUACCAGGGGAAGAAUGUCCUCAUCACCGGAGCCACUGGCUUUAUGGGAAAGGUUCUGUUGGAGAAGCUUUUGAGAUCGUGCCCCAACACCAAGGCUGUGUAUGUCCUGGUCAGACACAAAGCCGGCCAGAAGCCACGAGAAAGAGUUGCCGAAAUGAUGAGCUGUAAGUUGUUUGAUAAGUUAAGAGACGAGCAACCCGAUUGUGCACAGAAAGUUAUCGCCAUCAGCAGCGAGCUUACCCAGCCGGAAUUGGAUAUGAGCAAGGAAGACCAAGACACGUUAAUAGACUGCAUUGAUAUUGUUUUCCACUGCGCUGCCACUGUCCGCUUCAACGAGUCGCUUAGAGAUGCCAUGCAGCUGAAUGUUAUUGCAACUCGCCAGCUCCUUUACCUUGCCCAGAAGAUGAAGAAACUGGAAGUUUUCAUACACGUGUCGACAGCCUACGCCAACUGCAACCGGAAGCAGAUUGAGGAAGUGGUCUACCCUCCCCCCGUGGAUCCAAAGAAACUCAUUGAGUCUUUAGAGUGGAUGGACGACAGCCUGGUAAACGACAUCACUCCAAAGCUUAUAGGCGACCGGCCGAACACAUACACGUAUACGAAAGCCUUGGCGGAAUAUGUGGUUCAGCAGGAAGGCAGCAAACUUAACAUCGCUAUUGUCAGGCCGUCCAUUGUUGGUGCCAGUUGGAAAGAGCCCUUUCCUGGCUGGAUUGAUAAUUUCAACGGCCCCAGUGGUCUCUUCAUUGCAGCAGGAAAAGGAAUUCUCCGUACCAUGAGGGCUUCCAACAAUGCAGUGGCUGAUCUGAUCCCCGUAGAUGUGGUUGUCAACACAACGUUGGCUGCUGCCUGGUACUCUGGAGUUAAUAGGUACAGCAGACCUAAGAAUAUGCUGGUGUACAACUGUACAACAGGUGGAACAAACCCCUUCCACUGGGGGGAAGUUGAAUAUUAUAUAAAUGUAUCCUUCAAGAUGAAUCCUUUAGAACAGGCCCUAAGACGCCCCAAUGUUAACCUCCGAAACAACCCCCUAUUGCAUCAGUACUGGACAACUGUCAGUCAUAUAGUUCCAGCAAUGAUGUAUGAUGCUAUUCUCAGGUUAACGGGUCAGAAGCCGUGGAUGAUGAAGACCAUAACUCGUCUUCAUAGGGCCAUGAUGCUGCUGGAAUAUUUCACAAGUAACUCCUGGGUGUGGAACAAUGAAAAUACCAACAUGCUUAUGAGCCAGCUGAGUCCAGAAGACAAAAAGGUGUUCAACUUUGAUGUCCGACAGCUGCACUGGGCCGAGUACAUGGAAAACUACUGCAUGGGAACGAAAAAAUAUGUUUUGAAUGAAGAAAUGUCCGGUCUCCCAGCAGCAAGGAAGCACUUAAAUAAGUUACGGAACAUCCGCUAUGGGUUUAACACCAUCCUGGUAGUGCUGAUCUGGCGCGUGUUCAUUGCCAGAUCACAGAUGGCAAGAAACAUCUGGUAUUUUGUCGUCAGUAUGUGUUUCAAGUUUCUGUCCUACUUCCGAGCAUCCAGCACCAUGAGGUACUGAGGACUGGACACUCCGUAUCUGGGGCAUCUAUGCACACGGCGGCAAACCUGCACAAAAUCUCUCCCGUUCCGUGCCCUUAACAUGUUGCGUGUACAGCCAUACUACCACCCCGAGUCCAGAGAACCGCCUUUUCUCUCUUCACUUUGUGACAUUUCAAGUGUACCUUAAACACAAACCCACGCCAGGCACAUUAAACCAGCAUUACUUACUGUAGGUGAAGGGCGUUUUAAUUCAGUUCAUUUGCAGAAAGAAAUCACACUCAUACCUGCCCUUUUUCUUUAUAGAGAUGUGUUUUAAAUCUCACGUUGCUGUCUGUAAUGAUUGACACAGGGUCUUUUAUAAAGCUGUGCCAGUCUCAACGGUUGAGUGGUUACUUUAUGAAUUUCUAGGUUCUCGGAUAAGCCUUACGUCUGAUGUGUAAAUACUGUAUCUUUUCACCUUAGUCUCGCUUUGUCCAUGUUACAACCCCUAUUUUACUGCAUUGCCUACAUUCAGUUAUAGUUGCCUUGUCCAUUCCAUCCUUUAUCUCCUCACUUUCACCCUCCUCUUUUCCAGCUCCUUUCUAGUGAUUGCCUAGUGCUAUUUCUUAACCUCCUCAUGACCACAAAGCCUAUAAAUGUAUACAUUGCAUAAAGGCCCCCAUACACAGGCUGAUAAAGCUGCUGACAGGCCAAGUCAGCAGCUUAUUGGCCUGUGUGUGGUGCCCUCCGAUGGGCUUCCCCGAUCAACAUCAUAGGGCAGGUUAAAAAUUCCCGUCAGAUUGCGGCUGCAUCUGUCAGAUGAUGUGGUCCCUCGAUCCGACCGCCUGUAUGGACUGCAUUGCGAUCAGAUUGUUGGGCCCUUGUUAUCAGCCCGAUAACCAACCUCAAUGUGGGCGUCUCGGGGAGAGAUCCGCUCGUUUGGCGACAUCGGAUCUCCCUGUGUAUGGCAGCCUUAAAAGAUAUAGAGAGCUGUGCCAUAUGCAUAGCUUGGGCCUCCACCAGCCUGGCCAGUAGGAAGUAGGACUUCACAUAAUCUUUUUUUUUUUUUCUAGCACUGUAGAGUGAUUUAAAAAAGCCUUUUUUGUGGCUUCUAAAACACACUGUACCUAUUUUCUGUAUUUUUAUUGCUUGUGCAAACAUAAAUGAAUCCUCUUAAGGCUACCGCCUUACAGAUGGGACUUGAUCCAGUCUUCCAGUGUUGGAUCCGAAGCCAGUUAUUUAAUUUACUAAAAAGAGGAUAUAUUUUAUUUUGUAAGAUUUCCAAAUGCAACUGAGGUGGCCAUACCCCGAGGUCAACAAACGAGCACCUUUCCCCGAUAUGCUCACCAACGACAGGGCGAUAUCGGGUUGAUCCGAACGUUCGGCCCUAGGGCCAAAUGAUCGGAUUAUACGAAGGAAAUGGGCACAGACGGAUCGCAGGACUGCAUCGAUUACCCAAUGCGGUCCUUGAUUGCAGGGAAAAUCAAACCUGCCCGAUCGAUAUCGGGACAAUUUUUGUCCAGAUAUUGAUCGGGGAGACCUGUCGGACGCCCCCACACACAGGCAGAUUAAUUGCCGAAUCAGUCUAAAGGACCUAUAUCAGAAGAUUAAAUCUGCCCAUGUAUGGCCACCUUAAAGAUGUGUUUGUAAACCGUGCAAAGCAGAUUUGCCCUAAAGCUUUUCGCUGCUCCUUGUUUGUCUCUACCUUCUUACCUUUAGGCACACGCCAGUUGUUAUUGGGUGGCGCAUCACUUAUUUUCAUUAAUUAACCCGCUGCUUCUAUUUAUAGCAUGUGCCCAGUUAAUGACUAUAUUACAACACUUACCGCAGCUCCUCUGCACCUUCUUUUAGCCGAGAUUCUGUCCUGCAACAGGUGCCGAGGGACUGGAUAACAAACACCCAAAAAAAAAAUAUCUCCCUUCCGUCUCGGCACACUACAUUGUUGUGCAGUGCUCAUCCACUUGGCUCUUUCCAUAGGCGCGGAUAUCAUUCAGAACGCCUCUCGCUAGUUUUCUGUGAAAUGUAAUCAAAAAACAUGUCACCGCUCUUUUACAGAAAAAAAAACCUUAAAUUGUAUAGCAUCUAAAUAUCUUUUUGCUGUCGUGGCGUAGGAUCACAUCAGUGUGUGAGAGGCCGUUGGCAGCUCAUAAGCAUCCAAUAAAUUAUGACUUUUGUGAA